AUGCCGUUUCUCACUCCGCAUUCGGAUAUUCGUUCCCUGACCGCGCUUGGUAGUGACCGUUGGUGUUUUAGCCCAAUUACAUGGUCCGACCCGAAAGCCGAACUAUCUCGGGUCUAUGCUCGUCAGAGACGGACUGCCUCAAACGGCGUUGCUUUGGAUUUGAAGAAGAGAAAGGACCCGCGAUUGUCCAUUUGUACGGCCGAUGAGCUUCACUACGCCUCUGUUCCCAAGUCCGAAUGGAGCCUCGCUCUCUGGCGCUACCUUCCCUCUUCUAAGGCGGAGCCUAGGAAUCACCCGCUGUUGCUGUUGUCAGGACUUGCCACGAAUGCUAUUGGAUACGAUCUCUCUCCUGAGUCCUCGUUUGCACGCUACAUGUCUGCCCAAGGAUAUGAUACAUGGAUUCUGGAAGUCAGAGGUUCUGGGUUGAGCACAUAUGGUAUGGACUUAGGGGAGGUGAAGCAGCCUCUCAAUGCUAUGUCCAAGCAGACAAGGUCUUCAGUUAAGCACGAAAGAAAGAGUGGUGCUUUUGCUAAUUCUGAAAUGUCUCUGAAUGGGACGUAUAAUAUGGUGUCUAAAUCUGAUGAAUUGCAAUUAGUGACAAACUCAAUGGAGACUUUUACGCAUUUACCUGAGAGGUUAUCAGGCUUUCUAAAUGAAGGUUUGUUAGAAGCAGGUCAAAACUCUUCCAUUGCUACCCAAAUUAGGGAUUUAAGUCAAAGGCUUUCAAACAUCAUUGGAGAGGGUCCACAAGCAGUUCCCACAAGGUUUGUGGACUUCCAAGAGCGCUUUUCUACUAAGUUAGAAGAUUUCCAGAAACAACUUGACCUAAUUGUAAAGUUUGACUGGGACUUUGAUCACUACUUGGAAGAGGAUCUGCCUGUUGCGAUGGAGUAUAUAAGAACUCAAUGCAAACCAAAGGAUGGCAAGCUCCUUGCUAUUGGUCACUCGAUGGGGGGUAUCUUGCUAUAUGCCAUGCUCUCCAAGUGCUCUUCUCAAGGACGAGAUUGUGGGUUGGUAUCAGUUGCUACUUUGGGAUCAUCACUUGACUACACGCGGUCAAGAUCAUCACUUAAGUUAUUUUUACCUCUGGCAAGUUAUAUGAAAGACAAAUCUCUUACCAUUCACUAUGAUAGCUGCAUGCUUGUGGAACAAAAAUAUGAUGAGGAUACUUUAUCUUACUGUUGUAUUCAGGCAGACCCUGCACAGGUUCUAAAUGUUCCUGUUCCGUUUGGCGCAUUAGUUGCUGCUGUGCAUCAUCUUGCAACUCGAACUCAUGUUUUGUCUUGGUUGAAGCCUCAAAUUUCUGCUCAAGACAUGCAACCAGAGUUGUACGAAAAGCUUGUUUUAAACAACUUUUGUACCGUGCCUACUAAGCUUCUCUUGCAGCUAGCAACAGCCUUCCAGGAGGGUGGUUUAUGUGACAGGAGUCGAACUUUCUUUUACAAGGAUCACCUAUGCAACAGCAAUGUCCCUAUAUUAGCCCUUGGAGGAGAUCAAGACCUAAUAUGUCCUCUUGAAGCUAUUUAUGAAACAGUGAAGAUCAUUCCUGAGAAAUUGGUUACUUUCAAAGUUCUUGGAGAAGCCGGUGGUCCUCAUUAUGCUCACUACGAUUUAGUAGGAGGUCGCCUGGCAGUAGAGACAGUAUAUCCACACAUUAUUGAAUUUCUCAAUCGCCAUGACAGGACCUGA